CGCGCUUUAAAAUGGCUUUAAUCAUUUUCGAGAAAAUUCCUUCACACCAUCCACAUUCCAGAAUACGGCCUACCGAUCAAGGCCGAACUAAUUCGUCCCUCACCGACUACCUUCAUGUUACUUUUCGUCACUUCUCAUGGAAUACUACAGUAGUCGGCUCGGCAGUUCCAAUGCCGAAUGCUGCUGCCAUAGGUGUUGUCGUCUGUUUCUAAGUCUCUCUCUCGAGUUUCUCGAAGCUUCCGCUGACAGUCUGUCUGUUACCAUUAGGUACCCCCGUCAGCCGCAUCUCCUUCCCCCUCCUCCUCCCAUACCCGCUUGCCGUCCUUCUCAGCUUCCCCAUCGCCGCCCCUCCCUUGCUUGUACCAGCUGAAAAUGCCGA